AUGGAGAUGGAUAACACGAGCAUGGACCUCCCACAAACCACAAAGUUCAUCAACAGUAUCCUUUCCCAAGUAUCACGAUGCGUCACAUCCACCACACCGCCACCGGGAGAAGAUGGACUCGAGAACCAAGCACAGCGCCAUCCCCGCCUGACCCAAUCGCAGCCGACAUCCGCAUUUCCAAACUCACAACUAACAAACCUAAAGCCGUUAAUGCUGACGCUUCACUGCAUUUUUCCGAAUGAGUUCCUCCUCGCACUGGACAUACUGGAUAGAGGACUCGUUAGACGUGUUCGCACACGGUGUAGAAAUGAGCCUAGAGAGAGAGAUGGAGAUGAAGCGCACGCCGAAAAGGAACCCGCCGGAGUUCAACCCGAUGACGGUGACAAAGACAAGAACAAAAGUAGCAAGACUCAACAAGAAGUUUUCUUUUUCGUCACAUCUGCCUCAAUAGCACCGAGUGCCUCGAGGCCAUCCUUUCCUGCAUCCCAAUAUGGCGGGGCCCAAAGCCAGUUGCAAACCCAAAAACAAUGGCAGGAGAAAGGUUAUGAAGUCCGCCUCCGAGCAUGGAACUGCACUUGUCCGUCCUUUACUUUGUCUGCAUUCCACGACCUAGGCUCAGAGCCAUCAUCUCCCCCACCGUCUUCGUCAUCUUCGGACCAGGGAGGGAAUAUAGAAGGCAAUGAAAGUCCUAUGGCGGCCACCGAUGGUGGUGGCGGCGCUAGCGCGGAUGCUAACGCCUUCGACACGGCCGCUUACUUCUUUGGUGGCACACUGCCUCUGCACCCGGAGUCAGCGCCUGCCGUCUGUAAGCAUAUUCUGGCUUGUUUGCUUGUCGCGCUUUGUCCAGGCCUUGGCGGAGGAGAUGAAGCGACUAGUGCUGGGCAGUUGGUUAAUCUUGACAAAGAUGAGAUUGCUGCACUGUGUACUGGUUGGGCCGGGUGA